CCUCUACUCCGUCUUCUCGCUUGCUUCCUCUCCUCCAUGGAUCAAGGUCUCUUCUUGCUCUGCUCUGCUUUGCUGUAGACUGUAGUGAGUGUUCCUCCAUAGACGUCGGUGAUGAAUGGUGAUGUCGAAGUUUUUGUUGUUGUAUUCUUUCCUAGAUUGGCAGCUUGCUGUCUACAGCGAAGUGCGCUACACACUGUUGUGUAGCCGCUUGUUUCUAGCGGGCACCCAGUUCUUGGGGAUGAGCGAAGCUUGCCGCAUCCUGCUGGAAAGAAUCGAGCCUGUUUUCGGCUCUACCUCUUGGAGUUUCCUCUGUCUGAAAAUAGCUCCAGCAGAUAGUCCGCGGAUUUUUGGCGCCACCUCGCCAUCCUCUUCCCCAAUUCGGUCUCUUCCAUCCUCUUUCCUUCCAAGGCCCCCGCAGUGUUUUCCCCUUGAUUUGUACCCCGCCGCAGGUUUUCGGGCCGUAUGCCGACGUGAACCAUCCAGGUGGUUCCAUUCCCUGUCUUCGACUGAUAGUUCCUGAUCCUUUCCCCUGCAGAGGUUGAUUCACCUGCCUCACGGCCUGAAAAUCCUUGGCUUGUCUGUCGCUUCGUCGCUUCUUCCUGCAGUAAUUUUGCUGCCGAGCUCUAGCCUGUCUUCCGUGGAUGUAGUAGAUGGCUUGUUUGCCACACGACAAUGGAGUCGCCUUGAUUCCACUCAUUAUCCUCACCUGCAGCUCUGCUCCCACAUCAUUUCUGUCCAUGUAUCACUCGGAUUAAUCCUGCACUUUUGCCCCCUCUGUGCGGUCUGAAAUUUUACUGUCGGUUGUUACUGGUUCAGAGGAGCCGAGCACGUCGCAACGCUUCCCUUUAAGCGCAGUUCCAGAGUGCUCAACUGCAGAGCACAGUGACGCUGUGUUCGUUUCCCCAUCACCAUCAUCAAUGAGCUCUCCCCAUGCCUGGUCCUUGCCCCCUCUUAUUAAUGGCGUAACUGUACCGAGCAUAUCCCGCACCUGCUAAUGUGCUUCGUCGUCCUCCCGCCUCAUUCCUCCACUGCUCGCGUUAAUGGCGUAACAGCUACAGCUCAUCUUCUUCGCCCUUUUCUAUGCGAGGUUUAAUGCCCGUUUGGUGGCGACUGCUAGCUUCUUCCCCCCUUUGAAAAAGCUUUUAUACAUUCUUCUCCGCAAAGAGAGAGACCUGGUCUUCCUUUCCGCCUGGCGUCGGUGUUAAUUUGGAUUCUUGCAAGACAUUCUUGCGCGGUUCUGUGGUAGGAUCAGGAGGUUGGUGGUCGCCGGCGCAGCGUCCGCGAGGCGGCCUCCGAGGGUAGUGCUGCACGGCUUCCCCGGCGGCGCCGAGGCGUUCGAGCUCGUCGCGAGGUUCUCUUACGCCGACGGCGGCGGCGGAGUGGUGACCGCGGCCAACGCUUGUGUGCUCCGCUGCGCGGCGGAGUUCUUGGAUAUGGCGGCGGACGGGCCCGACGCCGCGUCCACGGCCGCGCCGAGCCUGAUGAGGAUGACGGAGAAGGCGCUCGAGGAGAUGCCGCACUGGCCGUGGCACGCCGUCGUGGACACCGUGAAGCAGUGCCAGCGGCUGCUCCCGCUCGCCGACACCACCGGCGCGUUCGACGCGGCCGUGAACGCGCUGGUGUCCCACAUGGCAGUGCCCCCGCCGGCCGGGGACGCCACGCCGACGACCUCCUCGCCGGAGAGCUCGGCGUUCCGGUUCUCGUGCGACACCAAGAGCAGCAGCCUCAGCCUCCGGGGUUCCUGCAUCAGCCGCACCUGGUGGUUCGAGGACCUCGUGCCGCUCCGCCCCGGCACGGUGGAGCGCGUCGCCGCGGCGCUCGUGGCCAGGGGCACUGACCACGGCGUCGUCGCCCGCUUCCUCUUCUACUACCUCAAGUGCCGCAUCGCCGGCGCGAGCGCGGAGGACAAGAGGGCGAUGCUGGAGGCGUCGGUCGCCGUCAUGUCCGGACUCGACCGGAGCGCCGUCUCCUGCAAGGGCCUCUUCGGCAUCCUCAGGAUCGCCGCGCCGCUGAAGCUGACCGACGCGUGCCAGGAGCGGCUCGUCGCCAUGAUCGGCCGCAAGCUCGACCACGCGACGCUAGACAACCUCCUCGUCCCGGCGCCGGCCGGGACGGGCAGCCUGUACGAUGUCAGCCUGGUGCUGAGGUUCUUGGAAGCCUUCCUCCGCGGCGACGCCCGCGACGAGCCGGCGAGGCUGAAGAAGUUGGGCAGGCUCGUCGACCUCUACCUGGCCGAGGUCGCCCCGGACCCGUCCCUGCGCCCGGCCAAGUUCCUCGAGCUCGUCACGGCGCUGCCGGCUCCGGCGAGGGACUGCCACGACGCGCUGUAUCGCGCCAUCGACGUUUAUUUCCAGGUUCACGCUCGCCUGACGGACGAGGAGAAGAUGAAGAUCUGCAGGGGGCUGAGCUACGAGAAGCUGUCACCGGAGUGCUGCAAGCACCUGGCCCGGAACGGCGGGUUCCCGACGAGGGCGGCGGUGCAGGCGCUGGCGUCACAGCACACGGUGCUCAAGAGCCUCGUCCUCCGCGACCCGGCCCAGCUGAAGCCGGUGUCGCCGUCCCCUCCCCCGUCCACGGGAAAGCGCCGCGAGACAUGCUGCCACGACGACGACGUCGGCAGCGGUGGUGGCGAGAACGACGGGCAGGUGAUCCUGUACGCGGGGCGGCUGGACCUGACGCUGGAGAACCAGAACCUGCGGUCGCUCCUGGACGGGAUGCACUGGCGGGUGAUGGAGCUGGAGAAGGUGUGCAGCCGGAUGAAGACGCAGAUGAUCAAGAUGAAGGCCAGGAGGGGCGGCGGCCGCACCGCCAGGUCGCUCCCCAGGAUGUGUUCUUGAUCCACCCCACUCUGCUGCCAUCCGUGGUUAUCAUAACCUCACUGUGCCAUAGCGAUGUACAUAGUGCUAGAAUUGAUCAAAUGCAGGUCUUAGCAGAUCUGCAUGCUGUAUUUCUUCUUUUUUGGCUUCAUUUUUGCCAAGUUUCCUCUGUGCAUGUAUGAUGUGGUAUCAGUUCGUGGUGAUUGGAAAGGAGAGCCAGUUUGAGUGGUCCUAAAGUAGCGAAUCUUAUCUGAAAAUAUAUGUGACAUGCCUGAAGAAUCUGUAGCUUGUGUGUACAGGAUAAUUGCUUCAACUUUGCUUCAGAAACAGAUAA